AGUGAUAUCCAUAGAACUGAUAUAUGGAAGGAGCCAUCACAAAAUAUAACUUAACCUCAAUUAUCAAAUUCAAAAUAACCGUCUUAUUUGUAUGUAUUCGCAUUGUUUUGAAUUUUGUAGAUUAUAAUAUUCUGUAUAAUUGGAUUCAUUAAGUUAAUUGUAUCAAAAAAAAAAAAUAAAAUAUGUCUCAAAUAAGUAUAACGAAUGAUAAUCCUAAAGUUCAUGUAAUAUAUCAGGGGCAUAAAAAACCAAUAACUGGUAUUAGUUUUAAUCCAAAUAAUCAACAAUUCGCAACUUCAUCUCAAGAUCAUAAUGUUAUGAUUUGGACUAAAUGGAAUGAUUCUACAAGAAAUGGCCCUACGUACCAGUUUUCUGGCCACAAGGAUGUAGUGACCUGUGUAGACUUUUCUCCUAAUUGUAGCUUACUAGCUUCCAGUUCCAAAGACCACACAGUACGCCUAUGGGUUCCAACUAUUUUAGGCAAAUCAAGAGAGUUUAUAGCUCAUACAUCAUCGGUAAACACUGUAAACUUUUUAUUUGACGGUUUAAAGUUGAUAACCGGUUCAAAUGAUAAAUCUAUAAAACUUUGGGAUACUGAGACAGGACAGUUUAUUGCUAGUUAUUUGGGACACAAUAAUUGGGUUCGUUCAGCAAAAUUUUCACCUCUUGGAAAUAUGAUAGUGUCAUGCUCCGACGACAAAACUGUGAGAAUAUGGGACACUGUUAGCAGAGAGUUGGUUCAUUCAUUUCAUGGGGUUAAAAAUAGUCCUAACAGUAUUGCUUUGCAUUCCAAUAAUAAUACUAUAGCUGUAGCUAUGAAUUCAGGUUCGGUUCGAAUUUAUGACAUUAGAAAUAAAAAAAUUCAACAACAUUAUCAUGCUCACGAUAAUGCCACCUGUGUGGAUUGGCAUCCAAAGGCUAAUUAUUUACUAUCGGGUGGACUUGAUGGAAAAGUAAAAGUAAUUGAUAUCAUGGAAGGUAGACCUUUGUAUACACUUAAUUCGGAAGGUUCGAUAGCUUACUGUAAGUUUAGCUGUGAUGGAGAUUUCUUUGCUUUGACUAGAAAUGACUAUAAGGAUAAGAUUAUUGAAGUGUGGAAAACAAACUUUAUAUCAUAUAUCUAAUUAUGUUUUUAAAGAAUGUUGCCUGAAGUAUUACACAUACACAUUCUUUUUUAUUUAUCUUACCAGGUUUGGCUCUCAUGUGAUUUAACUGUGUGUGUGUUCUACGUUCUAAUAUUUAUUUCAUUAAAUCCUUCAUUUUUUAUGGUAUGUUAUUUAAGUAUUUUAUUUGUCAAAAUAAUAUUAAUUAGGAAGUUUUAAAAAUAUAAGGUAUUAUGUUAAUA